AUGCAGCAUCCACACGAUCAUGGGCACGGCGGACGACCUCGCCAUACGCCCAUGAUGCCGUAUACCCCUAUUAGAUCUCUCAAGCGAGAACUAGGCAUUAUGUUCGGCUUUAUUGCUCUGUCCAUUAUAACCAUGGCUGCGUAUUGGAUCUUUUGGCAAUUUGCUCAAAGACGCAAUGCCGCUAGGGAGCGUGCCCGUCGUGAAGACUUUGCUGCCCGGGAGAGGGCCCUUGCGAAUAUAUCGGAGAUGAAAAAGUCGCAUCAGAGCAGCUCAAGCGGCAGCCAUGAUCAAACAUCGAAUAAUGAAUCAACUGGGAAGAUGGCUCGAAACGGGAAUAGUGACGGCGGUUUGGGGUUCGGUGACGUUCGCGAAAAUCUGGUCGUAUAA